AUGAAUGAAACAGAUUGGAUGGCGGGAAAUAAUAACUCUUUCAAGUGUGAAUAUCGAGCGUCUGGACAAUCAGAAUUCACACUUUGGCUUGACGGCCCGAUCACAAUUUCAGCUGCAUUAUUCUCUGCAGUUGGAACCGUCUAUGCAAUAGGAUUCCUUCGAAAUGGGCAUUUGAACAGAAGAAUGUCAGCUGCCCUCUACACUUUAUGUCUCAUGGACUUUAUGCUUAUGAUGACGACAGUACUCUUUUUAAGUAUUGAACCUCUCAGUAUUCUUCUAUGGAGAUCUAAUAUCUUCUAUCAGCAUCAGGGAAUGAUAUUGGUGCUGUAUGGAAUUCGAAACAGCUUUGCGAUGGCAUCGCCAAUGCUUGUUUGUUAUAUUACCUACAUCCGGUAUCGAGUUGUCAAUAAUCCUCUCAAAUUUGCAUCAAAUUAUAGUCGAUCGAGAAAAUCAAUUUCCGCUGGAAAAAUGAGCACAACUCAACAGCCAUCGACAGAAUCUGCAAAAUUCACCAUUUCGUUUCCUGCCGAGAUGUUUUUUGAAUUUCACUCUCGAAGCAAUACUGGAAAAAUCAAUGCAAACUUCCGAAGAUUUUUCAAACCAUUUCAAGUGCCAAUACUACUCGUAAUUUUUUGCUUCCUGGUUCAUUGCUCCUCUUACUUUGAGUUUUUCUUGGUAUCAUGUAUUGACAAAGAUUAUAAGGAAGAAACAAAAAUGUUACACCCUGCUUCUUUGAGAAAUACCGAUUGGUACAUUCAACUCAAGUUGGCACUAACUAUGACAACGGAAACAUUGGGACCAAUGAUAUUUAUUUCGACUCUUUCUGUAUUCACAGAAUACAAAAUGCAUCAAAAUGUGAAGGAGAGAAGGAGAUUGUUUGAGUGUCAAAAAAGAAGUAGAGACACUUUAGUGACAGAAGAAUUAAAGGAUAAAGCAUCCAAGGCAUUGGCCAUUUUCAUUGUCGUCAAGUUUUUGAUUCUGAGAACCCUACCAACUCUCAUUGACCUUUAUGAAGUUUUCCUCGAAGGAAGCAACCAUUUCGGUCCAUUCAUGACUAUUGUCAUCCGGAUUUCCGAUUUCUUAGUUAUCCUGAACUCUGCCACCAACACUCUGGCUUAUUUUGGAAAAAUGCGUUUCGAAAAGUGUUUCAGAUGGCUGGAACGCCGUAUACGAUGUCGAAUUGUGAAGAAAGAGGCGAAGGAAAUAUUGAAUACAUCACUCACUGGAUAG